UUUCACCAAAAUUUGGAGUACAUUUCGCCUCCUUGUUCGAAACCCUCUUUCCUUCCCCGGCCGGACCAUAUGUGAUAGUGCGAGAAAGAGAGCACGCAUAAGCAACUGUAAAGAUGACCCAGAAGCUCCAACACCAACUGAAGGAGUUAGGAACGAAGCUGGACAAUCCUCCAACCUCCAAAGACGCCCUCAUCAAACUAUUGAAGCAAGCUGCAACAUGCCUUUCUGAGGUGGAUCAGUCACCAACAAAAUCAAUAUUGGAGUCCAUGAAGCCUUUUCUUAAUGCAAUUGUCAAACCGGAGCUGCUAAAGCAUCAAGAUAGGCAAGUUAAGCUUCUUGUUGCAACCUGUGUUUGUGAGAUAACUCGGAUUACUGCACCUGAAGCUCCUUACAGUGAUGAUGUUUUAAAGGACAUUUUUCAUUUAAUUGUCAGCACCUUUAGUGGGUUAAGUGAUACCAAUAGUCCAUCUUUUGGAAGGAGACUCGUCAUUUUGGAGACCCUUGCAAGAUAUAGGUCUUGUGUUGUGAUGUUGGAUCUUGAAUGCGAUGAUCUAAUUGACCAGAUGUUCAGCACAUUUCUUUCUGUUGUGAGUGAUGAUCAUCCAGAAAGUGUUCUAACAUCAAUGCAAACAAUCAUGGUUGUUCUCUUAGAAGAGAGUGAGGAUAUCCAGGAGGAUCUUCUACUUAUUUUACUUUCUGCUUUAGGCAGGAACAAAAGUGAUUUUACAAUGGCUGCCCGGCGACUUGCCAUGAAUGUUAUAGAGCAUUGUGCUGGAAAACUUGAGCCUGGCAUAAAACAGUUCCUUAUAUCAUCCAUGUCUGGAGAUAGAGGUUCUUUACCUCGUCAAAUUGAUUAUCAUGAAAUAAUCUAUGAUCUUUAUUGUUGUGCUCCUCAGAUUUUACUAGGAGUUGUUCCAUACCUGACAGGAGAGCUACUGACAGAUCAACUAGAUGUCCGUUUAAAAGCUGUGAGAUUGGUUGGUGAUCUUUUUGCUCUGCCGGGAUCUACUAUAUCUGAUGCCUUUCAGCCCAUCUUUUUGGAGUUUUUGAAGAGGUUGACUGAUAGAGUAGUUGAGGUCCGUAUGUCUGUCCUUGAACGUGCCAAGAUGUGUCUUCUGUCAAAUCCUGCCAGACCUGAAGCUCCUCAAGUCAUAUCUUCCCUUUGUGACCGGCUGUUGGACUAUGAUGAAAAUGUCCGGAAGCAAGUGGUUGCUGUUGUAUGUGAUGUAGCUUGUCAUGCUCUGACUUCAGUUCCAGUUGAAACAGUAAAGCUUGUUGCGGAGCGCCUCCGGGACAAAUCUUUACUCGUUAAAAAGUAUACCAUGGACAGGCUGGCUGAGAUAUACAGGCUUUUUUGCUUGAGCCACUCCAGUGGCUCAACUAAAACUGAUUAUUUUGAUUGGAUUCCAGGAAAGAUAUUGAGAUGCUUUUAUGACAAAGAUUUCAGAUCAGAUACAAUUGAGCCCAUCUUAUGCGGGUCCCUGUUCCCAAUAGAGUUCUCCGUCAAGGAAAGGGUUCAAAAUUGGAUACGAAUCUUCUCAGGGCUUGACAAGGUUGAGAUUAAGGCUCUUGAGAAGAUACUGGAGCAGAAGCAAAGGUUACAACAAGAGAUGCAGAGGUAUCUUUCUCUUAGGCAGAUGCAUCAGGAAAAUGAUGCUCCUGAGUUCCAGAAAAAGAAAAUUCUUUGCUUUCGGAUUAUGUCUCGCUGUUUUACUGAUCCUGCAAAAGCUGAGGAGAAUUUUCAGAUUCUUGACCAGUUAAAAGAUUCUAAUGUCUGGAAAAUCUUGAUGACUCUACUUGAUCCGAACACUACCUCCCUUCAAGCUUGUAAUUGCCGGGAUGAUUUGCUUAAGAUCCUCGGUGAGAAACAUCGGCUCUAUGAAUUUCUCAGCAUUCUCUCUCUGAAAUGCUCAUACUUAAUUUUCAACAAGGAGCAUGUCAAGGAAAUCCUUCUGGAAACCAACUCACAGAAAUCUGCUGGGCAUACACAAUUUACCCAAGCUUGCACAAAUAUCCUUGUGAUUCUUGCAAGUUUCAGCCCUUUGCUGCUUAGUGGGAUUGAAGAAGAUUUGCUGCAUCUUCUUAAAGAUGACAACGAAAUAAUUAAAGAAGGUGUUCUGCACGUUUUAGCAAAGGCUGGGGGGACCAUUCGAGAACAACUUGGAGUUUCAUCAAGUUCAUUGGACCUUAUACUGGAAAGAAUAUGCUUAGAAGGGAGUCGAAGACAGGCCAAGUAUGCCGUACAUGCCUUAGCUGCAAUAACAAAGGAUGAUGGGUUAAUGUCACUCUCUGUUCUGUAUAAGAGGCUUGUGGAUAUGUUGGAGGAAAAGACACAUUUGCCUGCGGUACUACAAUCUCUGGGGUGUAUAGCACAGACUGCAAUGUCAGUUUUUGAAACAAGAGAAAGUGAGAUUGAGGGAUUUAUAAAAAGAAAUAUUCUGGAGUGCAGUAAUAAAGCAGAAGAUCAAGAAAAGGAAAGUUGGGAUGACAGAAGUGAACUUUGUUCACUGAAGAUCUUUGGGAUUAAAACAUUGGUCAAGAGUUACUUGCCUGUUAAAGAUGCUAACCUUCGUCUUGGAAUUGAUGGCCUAUUAGAGAUCCUUAAAAACAUUCUUUCGUUUGGAGAGGUCUCAAAGGACAUUCAGUCUAGUUUUAUUGAUAAGGCUCAUUUGAGGCUUGUGGCAGCAAAGGCUGUUCUUCGGCUAUCAAAGCAUUGGGAUCACAGAAUAGCAGUCGAUCUCUUUUACCUAACCUUGAGAACAUCAGAGAUCAGUUUUCCUGAAGCGAAGAGGGAAUUUCUGGACAAAGUUCACCAGUAUGUAAAGGAACGUCUUUUGGAUCCAAAAUAUGCUUGUGCCUUCUUGUUUAACAUUAAUGGAUCCCAUCUACCAGAUUUUGAAGAGGCCAAACAUAACUUACUAGACAUUAUUCAGACAUGUAAUCAGGGGAAGGCAAGACAACUUUCUCUGCAAUCCGAUGCAAACUCUUCAGUGGUUUAUCCAGAGUACUUACUUCCAUAUUUGGUCCAUGCUCUUGCUCAUCAUUCAUCAUGUCCAAAUGUCGAUGAGUCUAGAGAUGUCAAGGCAUUUGAGCCAAUAUACAGGCAAUUGUACUUAUUUCUUUCCAUGCUUUUGCAUGGAGAUGAAGAUGGAAGGUCAGAGGUCUGCAUUAAUAAGGAUAAAGAAAGCAUAUGUGUGAUACUUUCUAUCUUCCAGUGUAUUAAGUGUUCUGAGGAUACUUUUGACCCAGACAAAUCCAAGAACUCGCAUGCGAUCUGCGACCUUGGCCUGUCAGUCAUCAAACGGUUGUCUCAAAAAGAAGAUGACCUUCAAGGUUCAAGUAUAUCAGUGCCCCUCCCUCCAAUGCUUUACAAACAACGUGAGAAGAAAGAAGUGGAUGACCCUAUGGUAACUGAAGGACGGACAUGGUUGGCUGAUGAGAAUGUCUUAACACACUUUCAAUCACUCAAAUUAGAAGUUAAUGGGGUGAUUCAUCCAGAAAAAGUUGAUGAUGAAGUUCUGAAAGACAGUGAGACUGAUGGCAAUGAGGUUCCUUUGGGGAAAAUGAUAAAACGCCUUAAAGCCAAGGGAACCAAAGCAAGAAAAGUGGCAAAGAAUGAACCUUUGCCAAAAAAAGAAGAUGAUGUUGAUAUUCUGAAAAUGGUGCGAGAAAUCAAUUUGGAUAAUUUAGGAAUAUCUAGUAAGUUUGAGUCGAGCAAUGGACAUGAAUACAAUUCAAAGAAAAAGAAAAUUGGUCAGAGGGACCAGAAGAUAAAAACAGGAGUUGCUAGUGAAGUGACAAACAUUCCAGUUCCCAAACGCCAGAGAUCAUCUGGUCGGGGAUUCUUUUCCCCAAUGAAUGCUUCAAAAGGUUCUAAGGGGAUGUUAACUGAGAAUUUGUCUCAUGAAGAAAGCUCAUCAUUUGAAUCCCAUGAAAGUGAUCAGGAAUUUUAUGUUGGUUCAGAAGAUAGCAUGCGGUUGCAAGAAAAUAUGAAGAAACCAGCUGAAUCAGAAUUGCCAUUAACAUCUUUACGGAAGAAUUCAAACUCCUUGUCAAAACAUAAACGGAAGGGUUCUGAUAAGGAUCAUACAGAUGAGGUGAAUGAAGCUGGAGAAACUAAUGAAUAUGAUUUUGAGAAGCCUGAUAAGCUUGUGGAGACUGAUAGUACCAAAGUAAUUAGUAAUUCCAAGUCUCCUGCAAAGAAGCGGAAAAGAAGAAGUAUUGCGGGGUUGGCAAAGUGUUCCACAAAGGAAGGUGGAAGUGAGACAAUGGAUCUGAUUGAUUGCAGAAUAAAAGUCUGGUGGCCAAUGGAUAAGCAGUUUUAUGAAGGAGUGGUGAAGUCAUAUGAUCCUCAGAAAAAGAAACAUGUGAUACUCUAUGACGAUGGAGAUGUGGAAGUGCUCCGUUUAGAUAAAGAACGCUGGGAACUUGUUGAGCAUGGUCGCAAGCCUUCAAAGCGGUCAAAACUGUCAAAGGGUCCACUUCAUAAAGGAUCAUUAUUGGAGCAGAAAAAGCAGUCUUUUAGUAGUUUACAGCAAAGCAAAAUAUCUGCUAAGAUGUCUCCGCCAUCUAAACUAAAAGGGAAAAGGACUCCAAGGCAGAAUUUGAGGCACAGCCUGAAAAAUGCAUCACAGAGUGGACCUGUGCCUGGUUUGGUAGAUGCUGUUAGCAGAGAGAGCCCUUUCAUAUCAGUUCCUGAACCUGCUGAAAUAUCUAAAGUUGAUUAUGUGAAUUCAGGUGAUUCAGAAGAUGAACAUAUUGAAACAACAGAGAAGAGCGUAAAAGGUGGAGAGGAAUCUGACGGGGAUCAGAAGUUGGUUUCUGAAUGUACACUAAAUGGUGGCAACCAGAAUGUCCUAAGUGAUGUGGAAGAAUCUGAGCAAGAAGAGGAGCCUUUUUCUCAAGGGAAAAGAAAUAAGCCUUUGGUAGAGGCCCUCCAUCAUGCUCAGGGAUUAAACGAAGGAGGAAGUUCCCAUGUAGAAGGGAAACUAUCAGAUGGUUCAAGGGAAGGAUCUGGAGGGGAGGCAGAUAAGGCAGACUCUGAAGGGCAUGAAGCAGAAGAUUCCGAGAGUAAUCCGAUUGAUCUUGUUGGUGGAUCCGGCAAAAAGGCAGCAGCCUCUUCUGAUUCUGGGGACGCAGAGAUUUCUGACGAUGAGCCUCUUAGCAUGUGGAAGCAACGGGUGGGAAGACCAUUUCAAAGAAAGUAGGCUGGCAGUGGCAGUGAGAUGAAAUAGAGGAGGUGCUAUGAAAUGGUUGAUAUGAUUGCCUUUAUGUCAAGGUGUAGUAGUAGUCCAGCUGAGCUGAUAAGGGAAGAUGGGCGCCAUCUAAUUGUGUUAUGCUAAUAAGGUACAUUUGGCACUGUGGCGAGGCACAUAUUUAGGAUAUCAGUAGUGAUGAUAGAUGAUAGGUGAUACAAGCUGUGCAGUCCGUCAGUCCUGUUACUGUAUGUAACCCAGCAGCUUUGCCGGGAAAAUGCUUAAUUAGCAAUAGUAAUGUACACGACAAGUGCUCAAAUUAGAGUCCGGCACUUUGGGUGAUUGGAAUUGUUGGACCUCUACCUCCUGUCCUGUCCUGUCCUGUCCUGUACAGUUAUAGUUAACAUACACUACUACUGUAGCUCAACUUCAGUCGUCGGGGGCUGUCUGUAGGUUAGCUUCUUUCUUUCUUUCAGGUGUAAGUAAAUCCGUAACAUAUCAAAGCGAUAUAAAUUGGCCUUUGCUUUCUUGGUC